UUGACAGCUUUCACUUUGGCAUUAUUCUAUUCUGUGGUCAACGACCAGAAAGCAAACAUGUCUGCACUCUUCAACUUCCAGUCGGCCCUGAUGGUGCUGCUUCUCCUCAUCUGCACCAGCGCAUACUGCCAUCAACUCUUCCCUGCGUUUAUGGACCGAAAAAAGGGCUCACCGAUGUGGGGUAUCUUGUGGAAAUGCGCGAGGAUAGGGGAACGAUUGAGUCUAUACAUAAGUGUUUGUUGUGUGAUAUUUGCUGUCCGGUUGUUCAUUGGCGCAUAAGGAAAUGAUUUCGAGCGGGAGUUCAGGGCAUUGGAAUUUUAUACCACACUUUACAAGGCAAACGGUGAAGCAAGAGCACGGAAGGGCGUACUGAUACGGAAUGCAUUAAGAAGUGCGCACUUAAUGCACAUAUAAAACAUCAAAAACAUCAAAUCUUUUGGUAUCAAUCGCUGAACGCCAACGCAAUGCUGAAUGCAAAUGAGAUCUCACUCAUGAAGGCUCGUCCUGGCACUCUCGUUCUCUCCCCAGAUAUCCCUGCUCUCUUGCUCCACUGCCUUCAUAGCAUUAGCUACUUCCUCCAACUUGGCAACGACAUCCAACACCCCCUCAUUAACCCUCUGGAAAUACCUAUCAUUAGCUUCUCUCCUUUUCCUGGCCAGAAUAAUAUCAGCCUCUGUCUCCUUCUCCAGCUC